UUGAUUGAGGAUGAAUACGGUCUUAAAAUCCCCAAAUUCCACCCAGACGUCGAAAAGGUUAAAUCGCAACUGGUACAUCAUGGUCCGCAAAUUCCAGGUGAACUGUGGCGAAGUCCCGAGCGCCCUGUGGGCUAUUUCGGCAAGCGCAGACUCGACCCUGGCUCCCAGUUCGCCCCUGCUCGACGCGCAAUUGUGAUCCGCGCCAGGCGACGCAAGUACAUGGCCACCAUCUAUCGCCACGUGCGGCGAACGUACAAGCGGUACAUCAAGGACUCGAGGACCAUCGGUGAGCUGCUUUACUGGCGGUACAAGCUUGACGCCUUGCCGAAGAAUUCUGCGCCCACCAAGUUCCACAACUUCUGUCCCGUCUCAGGUCGAUUCAGGGCCUACUACGGCUUCUUUGGGCUAGGGAGACACCCUUUGAGGGAGUUCGUAAAUUUGGGCUACGUUCCAGGGGUCAGACAGGCCAACUGGUAG